CUCACAUACCAUGGAGGAGAUCGGACUUCCCCCCGUGGCCGCGGACGAAGAGCCGCUGGUGCCUGUGACUAUCGAGACCAAGACGGAUCUGUAUGCCAAGUACAAGUCGUUGGAGCGUCACCUGGAGUUCCUGGACAUCCAGGAAGGUUACAUCAAGGACGAGAUGAAGAAUCUCAAGCGUGAACUCAUCCGCGCCAAGGAGGAGGUGAAGCGUAUUCAGUCGGUUCCGCUUGUUAUUGGCCAAUUCCUCGAGAUGGUGGACGCCAAUUACGGUAUCGUGGGCUCCACGGCCGGCUCUAACUAUUACGUACGCAUCCUCAGCACGUUGGACCGUGAGCGUCUUAAGCCCAACUCGUCUGUGGCUCUGCAUCGCCACUCACACGCCGUCGUGGAUGUGCUACCUCCUGAGUCAGACUCUAGCAUCCAGAUGAUGCAAAUGUCGGAGCGUCCUGACGUUUCGUACUCUGAUAUCGGUGGUAUGGACAUUCAGAAGCAGGAAGUGCGCGAGGCCGUGGAGCUACCACUUACCCACUUCGACCUGUACAAACAGAUUGGUGUGGAUCCACCGCGCGGUGUUCUCAUGUACGGCCCUCCAGGCACCGGCAAGACCAUGUUGGCCAAGGCUGUGGCUAACGCCACCACCGCCGCCUUCAUCAGCGUCGUGGGCUCUGAGUUUGUACAGAAAUACUUAGGUGAAGGGCCGCGUAUGGUGCGCGACGUCUUCCGUUUGGCCAAGGAGAAUUCGCCUGCCAUUGUCUUUAUCGAUGAGGUGGAUGCUAUUGCUACCAAGCGCUUCGAUGCUCAGACUGGAGCCGAUCGUGAAGUGCAGCGCAUUUUGCUUGAGCUACUGAACCAGAUGGAUGGCUUCGACCAGGCCACCAACGUCAAGGUUAUCAUGGCUACCAACCGCGCUGAUACGCUAGACCCGGCACUGCUGCGUCCUGGUCGUCUGGACCGUAAGAUUGAGUUUCCGUUGCCCGACCGACGACAGAAACGUUUGAUCUACCAGGCCUGCACAGCGAAGAUGAAUCUUGGGGACGAAGUCGACCUGGAGGACUACGUCAACCGCCCGGAGAAAAUCAGCUCGGCCGACAUUGCGUCAAUCUGCCAGGAAGCAGGUCUGCAGGCUGUGCGCAAGAACCGGUAUGUGGUGCUGCCCAAAGACUUCGACAAGGGUUAUAAGAACGCUAUCAAGCGGGCGGACACGACGUUUGAAUUCUACCACUAGGCAAGUUGCGAGAAACUUUGCUAGUGAUUUACAGGAUCGGCGCGCCACUUGCUGGCAACAACCGAUAAGAAUAAAAAGACGAAGUAACACGGUAACUCCUUCUUGUACAUGUGGAAA